GUUUUUGAUUCUUGUUGUAGAGAUUGUUUCAUAGCAAAACAAGGGAUGGCAGCAAACGCGCAAAGUCGAGUCAUCAAAAGAAUACAAAAGGAGCUUGCUGAAGUCACUUUGGAUCCCCCGUGCAACUGCAGCGCCGGUCCGAAAGGCGACAACCUUCUUGAGUGGACGGCAACCAUUCUCGGUCCUUCUGGCUCGCCCUACCAAGGCGGCGUCUUUUUCCUCGAGAUUUUCUUCUCUGCAGACUAUCCCUUCAAGCCUCCAAAGGUCGUUUUCAAGACUCGUAUUUAUCACUGCAACAUUCACGCCUCGGGAAGCAUUUGCUUGGACACGUUGAAAGACCAAUGGAGCCCAGCGCUCACAAUCUCCAAGGUGCUCCUGUCAAUCUGCUCGUUGCUCACGGAUCCCAACCCUGACGACCCCUUGGUGCCUGCGAUUGCCCACGAGUAUCUUAAGGACCGUCAACUGCACGACAAAACGGCGCGUGACUGGACGCGGCGCUACGCACAAUGAGCCACGCUGUGCUUUUGGUGAUUUUUGUUUUGUUGUUGCUUUGGGUGCUUUGUGUGUGAUUGACUGAUCAAACAAGCUUCAAACAAAUCCCAGAAUCUAUUUUCCCACUGUAGGGUGGUCUCAAAGUCUCA